GACUGAUGACGUGAUAAGGACCAGGACGUGGUCCUCCUCUAUCCGUGCGUGCAUGGAUAAACAUGCAGCACGUCGAUCACGCCUCCACCCGCAUAGUUAGGAUCUGCAACAGCUCUCUGUUGCCGUGUGCGUGUGUGUGUGCUUCUCCCCCGAUCCCCUUGUACUUCUUCUAUAAAUAGCACUGUACAAGAUCGGUUUCAUAUCAAGUAAUAUACAGCAGUGCAUAUUUGCACUUUCUACCUGAGUAUCUAUUCUUACAUGGUAUCAGCUUAGAUCGAUCCUAUGGCCGACGACGCAGGCAAUGCCGCCGCCGCCACGGCCGGACUCGCGGCGCCCGCCCUCGACCCCACCACUGGCGCUCCUCUCGCCAUCAACCCCGCCACGGCCGCCGCCCUUGGCGCUCCCCUGGCCGUGCCGCCCGCCAUGGCUCUCCCUCAGGUUCCCCAUGCCCCUGCUCCCAUCUCGUUCUACAUGCGCGGUGUUCAGAUCCGCAACAUUCUCCCCUUCACCCUUGAUCUCUCCACUGGUUCCUACAACCAGUGGCGCACUCACAUGGAGCUGGCCGUCGAGGAGUACGGCGUGCUCGACCAUCUGACGGCGCCCGCGCCUGCCGCUCCUGACGCCGAAUGGCGCACCGUCGACCUCAUCCUGAAACGGUGGAUCUACGGAUCCAUCUCUCGGGAGCUCACCGGCAUGAUCCUCGACACCACCAAGACGGCGCGCCAGCUCUACGUCGCCCUCGCCGAGAUCUUCCUCAACAAUCGUCGCCACCGCGCCGUCCACCUCACCUCGGAUCUUCACGACCAGCGCCAGGGCAGCCUCGGCAUCGCGCAGUACUGCGCGAGGAUCAAGACGAUCGCCGACGCCCUCCGCGACUGCGACCAGGCGCCGACCGACGAAACCCUCGUCACCGUGCUCACGCGCGGGCUUCAUGAACGGCACCACGUCACCGGCAAGAUCCUCCUCUCCAACUCUGGUCGCCUCACGUUCGACGACGCCCGCAACAUGCUCCUCCUUGAUGAGAUGCAGGGCCGCGCCACCGAUCGCGUCGCCUCGCAGUCCGCCCUGAUCGCCCUUGGGCGCGGCGCUGGCGGGCCUCCUGGUGGCCACGGCGGAGGCGGCGCUCCUCCGCCCGCACCUGGCUUCCCUCGGCCUCCUGGCACUCAUGGCGGCAUCGGCACCUACGGCGCCAACUACGGCGCCCCGUCCUCGCCGUCUCCGAACCAGGGGAAGACGAAGCGCAAGCGCGUCACCAACAACGGCGGCUACACCACCUACGGCGCCGGCUCUCCUCAGGCCCCCGAGCAGCGCCCCUGGACCGGCUACGUCCAGGCCUGGCCGUACGCUGGCCCUCGUCUUCCAGGGCUGCUGGGCCCUCGCCCUCCUCAGGCUCUGACGGCUAUGCACCCUCUCCCGCCGUACGCCGUGCCCUACCCAGGCCCGGCAUAUGCUGCUCCACCGUCCGUGCUCCAGCACCCGCUGUACCACGUCCCGCCACCGCCACCGCAGCAGCUGCUCUUCCCCGCGCCAGGACAGGCCUUCGGCACCAACCCUCCACCGGACUACAUCCCGCCGCCGCAGCAGUACCACGUCGCCAACAACAACGGCGCCUCCACCAGCAACUCCUUCGAGCAGUCCGCACUCAUCGGCGCCCUCAACGACCUCUCCAUGCAAGGCCAGUCCGGUCCCUGGAUCGCCGACUCCGGCGCUUCGGCGCACAUGUCUGCCAACCAAGGACCUGCGCACGGGAGCACUUCUUCUUCGCUGCAACAGUGAUGGAGACCUGUACCCUCUCUUCUCGCCGGCGCCUGCUUCAUCAUCGUCGCCUCCCGUCGCCUACGUCGCAGCCUCCGCCGACUUAUGGCACCGCCGGCUCGGUCAUCCCGGCGUUUCAACAUCUUUCAAUGAGAAUUUUCGUUGUAAUAAGAUGACCCGUACUUGCCGUGCUUGUCAGAUGGGCAAGCAUGUUAGAUUACCCUUUAGUUCCUCCACUAGUUUCACUUCCGCUGCAUUCACCCUGAUACAUUGCGAUCUCUGGACCGCACCUUUUCCUAGUGUAUCCGGCUUUAAAUAUUAUUUGAUCAUUGUUGAUGAUUUCUCCCA